AUGGUAGUUAUUGGGUUGAAUAAUCAAAUACUUCAGAGAAUUAAUGAUUACAAUACAUCAGAUAAAGUAGUAUUGUCAAUAAAUAAUGUCGAAAUAACAAUCAACAAGUCUUUCGCAGUUGCAUUUUCGAAAACUUUUUACUCACAGUACUUGUUAGACAAUAGUACAGAUAAAAUCGAUGCAAAUACAGACAUUGAAUCACAAGAUACAUACAAUAUUUUGAAAGACAUCCUUCAAUACAGGAAAACAGAGUUCGAAUGCAACGAAACAAUUUUGAAAGAUCUCUUUCACAUCGGUCUCAAACUCGAGAUGCAAGAACUUAUUAAUUUAUACGAAACAUAUGUCAUCGAUAAAAUGGAAAUUGACAAAAACAAUUGUUUUCAAAUUCUUGAAUUUUAUUUUGAUAUUUCAAAAGAAAACAAGAUUUCAGAAUGUAUUGAUUUUAUCUCAUCACAUUUCUUUGAAAUCAACUUAGAACAACUCAAAACGAUUUCCAACAAACUCGGAAUUGACAUUCUUAAAAGGAUAGUCUUCAAUGAUUUGCUUGUAAUGAAAGACGAGGAUUCAUUUGCUAGAUGCAUUCUUUUUCUCGCUGAUGAUAAUGAAAUCUUUUAUACAUUGAUCGAAAGCAUUCAUUUUGAAUUUUGCUGUGAUGAAAUUAUCAAUAAAAUAUAUAGUUUGGCAAAUUCAAGUAAUUGCAUGAGUUUCCUCAAAUAUUUUCAUGAUUCAAUUAUUCGAUUCAAAAAUGGGAAACAAAUAAAUCCAAGAGCUUUUAAUCCAGAAGAUUUUGAAUCUAUGAUUGAAAAGUACAAAGAUUCAAAUGAUUUUGAAAGCAUUUACAAAUUCUUUGAACGACUUUCUGAAUACGAAUACCAAGCCAUUAUUUAUAAAUCUUGCAAAGAAGGACUUUUUGAAAUUUGUGAUAAUAACGAUGAAAGAAAUGUUCUUCAUGAAGCAUCUUUUAAAGGAAAUUUGAAAUUAAUACAAUAUCUUGUUUCAUGUGGAUGCAAUAUUGAAAUGAAAGAUAAAAAUGGAAAUACUCCAUUGAUUAUCGCUUGCUCUAGUGGUCAUCUUGAAGUUGUUAAAUAUUUUAUCUCAAUUGGGGCUAAUAAAGAAACUAAGACUAAAAGUGGGAAUACUCCACUCAUUAUGGCAUCAUUUAAAGGUCAUAUUGAAAUAGUCAAAUAUCUAAUCUUGAUGGGGGUUAAUAAAGAAUCAAAGAAUAAUUAUGGAAAUACGCCACUCUUGGUUGCAUCAUUUUAUAAAGCCCCACCAGACAUUUUACAAGACUAUUACAAAAAUUCAUCUAAUAUUGAAAAUCUCGAAGUUGUUAUAUAUCUUUUGUCUGUUGGAGCUGAUAAAGAAGCAAAAAAUAAAGAAGGAAGUACCCCGCUUAUAAUUUCUUCAUGUAAAGGUCAUCUCGGAAUUGUAAAAUAUCUGGUUCCUCUUGGAGCAAAUAAAGAAGCAACAGAUAACAAAGGAAAUACUCCCCUCAUUUUAGCUUCAACCAAUAAUCAACUUGAAAUUGUUAAAUAUCUUAUUUCUGUUGGGGCAAACAAAGACGCAAAAGAUAAUGAUGGUUCUACUUCACUAAUCAUUGCUUCUAUGAAAGGUCACCUUGAACUUGUUAAAUAUCUUAUUUCUGUUGGUGCAGAUCAAGAAGUGAAAAAUAAUGAAGGGAAAAAUGCAUUAUCCUAUGCAGAAGGUGAUGUUAGGGAUUUCUUAUUAACAAUUUGA